AUCCAAAACUCGAUACGCGAGCGCCGGUAAGCUCCGAUCACAGAGCGAGUUUCCCCGGCCGCCUCACACGCUUCGACUCGGUUCUGGAUCGGCGGUAUCGGAGCUGCUGUGCGCUGGACGCUCGUUUCGUUAAUUUUGAGCUUCUCUCUGAAGUUUCGUCUUCCUUCCUCGUUUCCGUCGAUACGCGCCGGAGAUCAUCCCCGUUACAAGGGCUUUGCUUCUGUUUGUCCUGCCGACGCCUACCUGGUUUUUUUCCCGCCCCCUCCGCAUCUAGCGGUAGCCUCACCUGGAUUCACUGCCGGCGCAGAACUCUCAAAUUUCGCCGUGCUAACAGUUCCUUUCGGGUUCCUUUAACACAAUUGCUUCUUUGACUUAAACAACCAAGCUGCAGCGACUUUUUUCGUGUCCUUGGCUCGUACCCGAGGUUCCUCAUCGUCCCACAACCGCGGUCGGGGCUUGUACCGCAUUCUCGGUCUGGCCCAGGCUUGCUUUUCUCUAUACAGCCUGAAAAAAUUGGAGACACGGAAGAUGAAACUGCGACCAACGCUCUGGUGGCUCGCCACCUCUUUGGCGGGAAGGAGCGAGUAAAGUUCGUUUGUCGAUUUUCUGAUGGAGAAGGCAACCAGGCACAGCGACACCACACACACCCGGUCCACUCUGUGCAAGCUCGACGCACUUCCCGCCAUAUGGUUUCGGCUUGCUUCCGACAUGGUGACCUAUUUCUCUCUUCCGACAGCUUCUUUAGUUUCACUUUCUUGGGGUUUUCCUCUUUUUCUUCGCUGUCUCGGCCGCUCUGCAGGAGGACAGGAAGCCGGACUUCGCCUGGCUUCUCGAACUGCCUCUUGUGACCAGCAGUCCUGAGCCUGCAGCCUUCCCCACCUAGUGACCAGCCUUCCGGCUCUUUCGCUUCUCCCUUUUAACGAUGUGGUGGAGACAAUCUUCCCCGGAAAACACCAUGUCGGCUCCAGAAGCUUCUGCUUCUCACAAGGGACCUGCUGAGGCCGCUGGACUCGCGCCAACGUCUGCCUCUGCUGCUGCUUCGUCUUCUUCUUCUGCAGCAGGUCGGCUUUCCGAGGAACACUGUGCUCACGUUUGGGAUCCCUCAGCCACUCAGCCUUCCGGACCUUCCUCGCGGCCUCGCGGCGCAGCUGCAGGGGAGACGGAACGCGACUCGGUGGAGAUCCAGGGUGAACGCGAAGGUUGCGAAGGCCGCGAAGAGAGCCCAGGAGGCGCGACUACAGCCGCACUGGGCAGGAACUUGCAAGCGGCGAAUGCUCAUCCCGAAAGGCGAGAAGAGAGGAGAGAACUCGGUUGGGGUGAUGAACGACACCGGAGGUCUUCGAGCGAGCGACUGGCGUUGUUCUCGCACUCUGUGGAGGACCGAGCUGGCGGGUCGGCAUGCGCUUGGUCAACGCGAGCUCGCGGAAGUCAGUACUACAACGAGGCGAUGAAUGAGAUCUUCGAGGCGCGCGACGAGGAGCGCGAGAGGCUGCGCCGACUGUCCCGAAGACGAAAGGUCUCAAAGGAAGAGCUCCUCCGCGAAGAAGACGCAGACGCGCUUCACUCGCGGCUGGACGAAGGCGGGAGAAGUCGGAGAAGACGAGCUGACGAAGAGGCAGAGAGCGACGGCGGCUCGAGAGAGGGGGAGAGCUUCCGUGCAGACGCGGCGAAGAGCUCUGAAGGCCGAGCCGGGCGACCCAGAAGGUUCAGCGAAGACCGAGAGAACUCAGACGCGUCGGCCGUCAGUUCACGGUUCGCACCCUCAGACGAGGACGGCCGGAGACGCAGGAAAUCCCACAGAGACGCGAACGAGAAAGCGUCUUUCGUACAGUGGGAGACAGAGGUGGAGGACGCUUGCCCUGCAGACGAGGAUUUGACGGAGGACCGCAAGACGCAUGGAUGGACGCGCAAGGGCCUCCCGUCUCGACGGUCAAAGUCGCACUGGCUCUCGCUUCGCCGAGAAAACGCUUCUCAACAAAUGAAGAAGGAUGGGAGCGAGAGCAGAGAGAGGCAGGCGGAGAGCGAGAGUGGGGGAGGAAGGCGCAGGACGAACAGCGAAGACGACCAGGCCGCUUCGAAUCCUGCAGCCUGCCAACGAAGCUCGAAGGAGGAAGGCAGUGGCGGCUUGGCUGUUGCUUCUGAAACUCGAAAAACGCGAGAAGACGCCUGCGAAGCAUCGCCCAGUCUGCGAGCAGCUCGCGCUCGCGCCGACUUGACCCUCGAGGACGCGUCUGCACGCAUGCAGGACGAACUUUUUCGGGACGCGCCCUCGUCCCCAAGGGCAUCUGUGAGGAGACACAGAGACAGGCAACUCGGGAAGCGAGAGACACGGUUCUCCUGGACGGACCCAGCGCGGUUUCUCUCGUUCCGGCGACCCCGGUUGCAGGCCUCACCAAGAGAGACAGCUGCACCCUCGCCGUCAGCCUCUGAUGGAGAGGCAGCCUCAGUGAGGCGUGGAGGUUUCAGCGGCCAGCGCGAGAAGGCGAAAGGCCUCGAGAGUUUCUUGAGCUUCCAGCGGGACCGAGCUGACAGGCGCGCGCAGGCAGAAGACCCCCGAGGAGGCACCUGGCGAAACCGACGACCGAGCGACGACGGCAAGAGGCGAAGAGACGCUCGGCGAAGAGAAGGCGAGGCGCUCGGCGAAGGCGAGGAAAGGAAGCCAGAACCGAGGCCUUUUCUCGCAGUUCUCACGGCGGCGCAGACUGAUGAGACGCCAGCGGUUGCGGAGGCCUCCUCUUCGCGUUCUUCCGCGGGGAUUCGCGCGUCGCCAACUGACGCCCGACCCUCCUGCAACUCGCCGUCCCUCCCGUCGAUGUCAUCGGCGACCUUCUCCUCGCAAGUCCGCGAGGCCGAUGAGGCCAACGAGGCGUCGGAGCGGAAGCCCCUGACUCGGACCAGCACGGCGAAGGGUCGUUUCUUCGACCUUUCUGUUUGUUCUGCGCCUUCGCCGCCUCCGAGAAAGGCGCCGUCCUCGGACCGCGGCUGCUUGUCGGCGCUUCGGGAGCUGUUGCCGUCUCUCCUCCGGCCACGGUGGCGAAAGGUGGACGGCGAAGACAUCUCCGCGGUUUGCUCGACUCUCUUGCCUGAAGCCGACGUCGAAGCCGUCCCUUCGCGGCCUCCUUCGCUUGAAGUCGACAGAGUGAGGCCCGCGCUUCGCUCUCACGUCCUCAUUCAGAUUCAGCGCGGCUCCCACAAAAUUCUCGAGCUCCAAGUGGCGGAAGUCCUCCGGCAAAUCCACCACCAGUGCGCGGAGAACGAGCGCAUGCAGAGGGAGCUUUUGAGGCGCGAGAAGGCGAGGCGGAGAGACGCCCGCAGACGCAGACGCGCAGAAGAGAGGGCAGCAAGACGCGCCCUCGAACAGGCGCAGCAGACGGCCGACCCCGCCGAGGACGAGGGAGAUGCCCUCGGCGCCCGAAAGGAGAGAGGCGGCUCCCCACACGCGGGGCCGCCUGACGCGAGGAGACGGGGAGCCUCUUGGUCUUCACUUUCCAGCGAAAGCGACACCAGCGAGGACGCGUCGUCAGACGACGCCAGUGGAGACUGGACUCCCUGGUCGCGGUCAGACACCCGGCGGUUGUCCUUUGAGGCCUCGGACUUCUCUUCGGCCUCGCGUCCCUCGCGUCCCCGGAGGCGCAGGCAGGUGUACACAGCAUCAGACGCGGAGCGACACAGACGCGAGGAGGCGCGCGGUGGAAACCGCGGAGGCGAGGCGAGACGCGGAGGAGGAGGCCCUUGGAACUGCCCGUGGGGACAGGAGACACAGAGACACGAGGAGACUCGAAAGCGGCGGUUUCGAGGGUGCUGUGGCGGGACGCAUGUCCAUCCUUCAGACAUAUGUUCGAGGCAUUUCCACUGCUGUUGCGGGUCUUUUUCGAACGCACGCAGAGACAGCUGGGGUGGCGCGCGAGAGGACAAGGGCCGGCGUUCGCGUGGAGCUUCCUGCUGCUCUUCGAGUCACCGGAGCAGUCCGGCUGUGAGCACCAUAGGUCGUUUGACGUAUCGCGAUUGCCGCCAGGCGUUCACGGACGGAUAUCCAAUCCCUUCCAUCGAGGUUCGGAGACACGUCAUCCUCGUAUGUCUCCCGCCAGUGACUUGUUUCGUCCUCUGGAACUGCGUCUACGUUGUCAUGAGCGACGAACUCGAGCCGGACCGCCUCAUCUCGCAGCUCUCGAGGCUCUCGCGCUUCUACGCGACGCUCAUGGAGGCGGAGCACUCGCGCACAAAAGGCCGGCACAGAGGCGCAAAGCGAGCAGAGAGACCCGCGGGGAACUGGCCGACAGAAGGCUCAGGGACCGACAGAGAGGAACGCGAAAGAGAGGAACGCGAAAGAGAGGAACGCGAGAGAGAGGAACGCGAAAGAGAGGAACGCGAAAGAGAAGAACGCGAGAGAGACGACGCAAGCGUCUGUUCGAGGAGUCCGCUGUCGCCGGAUCUGCCCGCGAAGACAAGUGUCAACGGGAGCCGAGCGAGAGCCGUCGGGGACGCGUCGCAGCGUCGCGCCCGCGAAGGCAGAACGGGAGAGAGACAGAGAGGUCAAGACGGAAAAAUCUUUUCAGACGGUUCAGACGACAUGGCUGAGGCCAUUCAUGUGCAGCUGCCUGGAACUCAGACAACGAGCUUCCUAGAAGUCAAGAAGGCGCACCAGAAGGCGCCGUCCCCUCGUUGGCACAGGGCGGAGUCCGGAGCCUGCGCCGUGGAGCCCAUCGCGCCCGAAGCCGGUGGCGAAGGCCCCACCGAAGGCGGCGAGUCCUCGGAGACAGCAGUCUCCGGAUCCGGGGGAGGCUCGCCGAGUGCUUCCUCAAGCCGCCGCGCGAAGGGUGACGCGCGACCAAGGAGAGACGGAGAUCGUUGGAGCGCGAAGCAGUCGGAUCUGCGGAGAAGGAAAUCAGACGGCGAGGAAUCUCACGAAGAGUCGAAUGGACAAGACGGGAGCGCCACACCUCACCCCUUGCCGUUCGAAUUCGCUGCUCUCGAGUGCAUCUUCUUCGCCGCGUUUCAACAGCUCAACUCGGACAUUCUCUACUUGGAGCGCAAGUUCGCAGACACGCGCCAGAAGACCUCGAAGAACACAGAGAUUUCUUCCAUUCUCAUGGAGGGCCUCCAUUCGCUGAAGGAGCCCGUGGCGUUCUACCAGGACCGCGUGCAUGCAUUUGACAAAGCCUUCGACGAGCUGCUGCUGAACAGCGCCGAUCUCCAUCGAAUGGAAUUGACAAAACUGCACAGAAAUCCGGAUUUGUAUGGAGACGAUCCGAAUCGAGAUCAAGUCAAUCCCGAUUUGGAGAUUCUCCUCGAAUACUUUGACCAAGAAAUGGAUCAGUUCAAGGUUCGCGUUCGGCAUCUGAAAGAAGGAAUCGAAAACACAGAGCGGCUCAUUUCCCUGCGCCUUUCCCUGAUGCGCAACCGCCUUAUUCGGUGGGAGCUCGCGGCCGCUGUCGUCGCGGCAGGCCUCGCGAUCGGUACAUGCAUUUCCGGUCUCUUCGGCAUGAACUUGGAGAAUGGAUACGAGGACGGGAAGACCUCCAGCCACGACGUUUUCCUCGCAGUGUCUGGCGUUGUCACUACGGUUGCGCUCCUCUCGAUUCUCGUCGUUGUUUACCUGAUAAAAACAACUGUGCUAUGACACAGACUUUCGAGUGUCAUCACCUUUGAAGCUGUUGAAAAUGACGCAGUUUCAGAAUGGUCGGACCUCGCUUCGUUCCCAGGCAACUCUCUGCCUCUCCACUCGAUCUUGACGUUGCAACGCCUUCCUCUUCUCUCAGAUCCUGUCUCCGCUUCUCUUUUUUAAACUGUCUCCGAAAUAUUCCUCUUUUUUCAGGCUGUCUCGAAGGCUCCUUUCCGUGCUCGAGCGUCUCUCAAACACCUUGUCCAGAACCGCUUUCUAUUACUUUUUGCUUAGACUUCAACACAGGCUUGUUGGGCCGUCCCCAAUUCAUUUUUAGCAUUC